GUAACGACAAAACUCCACGGCUCGUCUGUUUGCUGCAAAAGUGUGGCAGCUGCCAAACUGUCCACUGGCGCUUCACCUUGACAAAAAACAACAAAUGCUACAACACAUACUGCUCCGUUCCGCUUAAAGUAGACUGUCUGACUCUCAGUGGCUACAUGGAGGUGGAAGCUAACCUGCUCCUCCACCGACACUGACUGAACAACGCGGCGUCUGAGUGGAGACAGUCAUAUGAGGAGUUCCCAGGAACUACCACGGAGCUUGGGGAGGAUUUCUGUAUGAGCAGCAGCACGAAAACAAACUGAAGAAAAUGAGCAAAAAAUAUGAAGCAGGAAACGUGACUGAGGUGGAGGAACACAUUUCUCUCAAGUAUGAAAUCAAGAAGAGACUUGGAAAAGGGGCCUAUGGCAUCGUCUGGAAAGCAGUUGACCGACAGACAGGCGAGAUUGUGGCUGUGAAAAAGAUCUUUGACGCCUUCAGAAACAGGACAGAUGCCCAGCGGACAUUCAGGGAAAUCAUGUUCCUUCAGGAGUUUGGAGAUCAUCCCAACAUCAUCAAACUUCUAAACGUCAUCAGAGCGCAAAAUGAUAAAGACAUUUACCUCAUCUUUGACUACAUGGAUACUGACCUGCAUGCAGUGAUAAAGAAAGGCACCCUGCUGAAGGACAUCCAUAAACGUUAUGUGAUGUACCAGCUCUUCAAAGCCAUCAAAUACCUCCAUUCAGGAAAUGUGAUUCACAGGGACCAAAAGCCAUCAAACGUGCUCUUGGACACUGACUGUGUUGUCAAGCUGUGUGAUUUUGGCUUGGCCAGAUCACUCAACCAGAUCCAAGAGGACAGCGGGAAUCCUGCACUGACGGAGUACGUGGCAACACGGUGGUAUCGAGCUCCCGAGAUCCUGCUGGGAUCCGCAAGGUACACUAAAGGUGUGGACAUGUGGAGCCUCGGCUGUAUCCUGGGAGAGAUGCUGCUGGGAAAAGCCCUGUUCCCUGGAACUUCCACCAUCAACCAAAUAGAAAAGAUCAUGAGUGCCAUACCACACCCUAGCCCAGAAGAUGUUCUUGCAAUCAAGUCAGAAUACGGAUCCUCAGUCAUUCAGAGAAUGCUACUGAAACCACAGGUGCCUUUGCAGGAUCUUCUCCAUCCGUCUGUGCCUCCUGAUGCUCUCGACCUGCUGAGGGGUUUGCUUGUUUUUAACCCAGACAAGCGGCUGACUGCAGAGCAAGCCCUUCAACACCCAUAUGUAGCCAGGUUCCAUAAUCCUGCCAAAGAGCCGGCUCUUAACUGCGAUGUAGUGCUGCCAGUGGAUGAUGAUGUGCAAUUAUCUGUUGUUCAAUACCGCAACAAACUUUAUGAGAUGAUACUGGAGAAGAGAAUGAAUCCUGGGAUGCUGAGGCUGAUCCAGCCAAAGGAUGGAGGUUGCAUCAGUAGCAAGGAGAAGCCCAGCGUGAAGUGUGAUAAAGCAGAGAAAGGAACAGGGGCAGCGAACAGCAACCAAGAUGACGACCAUGAGGGAAAGCCACAACAUGAAAAGACUGAUGAGACAAACCACCUGGCUUCACAUACAGGCGUCAGCAAACCUUCGGCUGUGGAAAAGACGGACCCGUUAGCUAGCCCUGGCUUAGGAAAAAUCACAUAUAACCCUAUCACACAUGCCCCAAAUGGUUUUGUUCGGAGUCCAGUGGGUCCUUCUUAUUACUACCACUCCACUACAGCCAGUAGGAGACUAGUGGGACAGACCAGUAAUGGAAAUGCAACACUAUCACCAACAGAGGGCAGCAGCGCUAACGUGUCCAUGGAUCAGAUUCUCCAGCGGGGUCGCUCAGCCCCUGCGGCCCACAACCGCUCCUUCUCCUUGACCCUAAACCAAACCCAGAACAACCCGUUAGUCCGCAGAGAUGAGCCAUCUUUGUCUGCAGGGCUCGCUGUCACAUCUGCGCACCUGAACCAGCGUUCCAGUUCUCAGGUUCGUGAGGCUCGGCCACCGCCACGGUUCAGCAAGAAAGUAUUUCAGAGUAACUGUAACGUGGCUGCUGCAGGCGACCCAAGAGCCAAACUAGGCAGCUACUCCCAGGCCUAUGGUACCAUCAACAAGACUGAUCUGGACAAUCUGCUUCGAAGCCGUCCUUACAACCAGUAACUGCUGUCAUAUCAAUGGUUAAAUAGGGGCUCACGUGUUUCAACACACAACAGACUUUGUCUUGUUGCGUAGCAAACUGGAAGAGAUACUGUAAAAAGAAUUUGACAUGUUGAUCUGCUGUAUGUAGAUAAUGACCUGUAGGCCUUAUGGUUCGACAUUUCAUUAAGUGCAUUAAGCCAGUGGGUUUCACAUGGACAUAGAAUUACUGUAAAAUAUGCAAAUAGAUAUUUUGAUGAACUGUUCAUAUGCAGUGAGCAAUUAUUUUUCAAGUGAGCAAUAACUUGUUAUUCUAUUGUGUACAGAAUGGAAAAGAUUAAAAUCCACUGUAUAAGGUUGAACAUCAAACCACCAUGGGGUUUAGUAAUAGACUGAGGUGGAAGUGCUCACGUCCUGUGCCUGUUUAGAAAUGAUGUACUAAUACAGCUAUGUAAACACCUCCAUUACAAGCGGGAAUUACACAUUUCUUCUUAUACUGAUGGAAGAAUACAUCUAUACCAGUGGUUUCCCAACUAAGGGUCAGAAUCCCUCCAAAGGGUCACAAGAUAAAUCUGAGGAGUCAUGAGUUCAAUAUUCUGUAAUGGGGUGUUAAGAACAUUUUUUUCAAACAUACAAUUGGAUUUUUUAGGGCUUCAAAGAUGUUUUUAAAUGAAACAAAAUUCUAAAUGUAAAGGAGAAUCAGUCGUUGGUGGAACUACUUACAACUCAUAGAUGUAUAAAACAUGACAACGAGCCCCAAGUCGACACUGCAAUAAAAAACUAAAAAAAAUGUCUGUGGAAAACUGUUCGUGGUUGCUUGACGCAAAAGGCAAGGUCUGCAAUGCUGAAACAGAGUUUUACUGAGAAUUGUUGUGCAAUGUUACCAUCAGUAAGAUCUUCAGAUACUUCCUUAGAAGCACAAAGUACAGUUCUCAGCAGUGGCGUCAUUAGAUCUGUCUGCUCCAAGUUCUAUGAAUCUACAGAUUUUGGUUUAUUUAUUUAUUACAAAAGUAAGAAUAUUUUUUAAAACAGCCUGAGUCUAAUCAUGUAUAUCAUGUGUUAAACCCCUUAAAAAUCAUAUAUUGUUGAAAAAACAAAUGUUAGGAACUCAAGGACAUUUUUUGUCAUAUCAGAUUGUUAAAGUAACUUACAUAAUAAGGCAACAGAUAGCCCAGUAACACUGAACAUGCAUUUCAUGGUUGUACUGUAAGUUGCUGUAGUUAGAUAAGUUAUCAUCAGGCUAUUGAUAGAAUUUCCUCUUUUUUUUUUUUUUUUUUUUUUUAGUAUUUUAUCAGAAACAGAGAGGGCAGAUUUAUUUCGCUUUUCAUUAGUUAUAUAUAGUAUAGUAUUGUGUUAUGGGACUUUAUGGGUGAAUGUGGAAUGUGGAGCUUGUUAACUUUUCCCUUAACUUCCAGAACAUGAACAUGUGACUGUCAGACAUCUUGUCAGGGUGUGUUUGAGGACAAGAGCUCAGUUCCUAUGGUAAUAAAUUACAUUAGAAAAGAGUUUAUAUUUUACAUUUGACAGUUUAAGGUCAACUGACAGGUUUUUGAUUAACUCCAAGGACAGAAAAUUGAGAGUAAAGCAGAAAAUCCAAAAAGACUGAACAUCCACAGUUGUUCAGUGAUAACUGCUGAUGAAGACUUUGUAAUACAACCAAAAGGGAAAAACAAAGUGAGUAAGUUCACCUUGAUUUGAUAGUGUUUUGCCAAAACAAAAUAUUUUAUCUGGAUUUAUUUGUUCUUAUAAACCACACCUGGUCAAAAACACCUUUUCAAAACUUGUCAUUGUGGCUUUAUUUUGCUCGUAAAUACAUUGUGAGCAAAAUAUGCUGUAGUAUAAUCCUUCUUUACAAUUGGUUUCUUGUUCAGCUAUAUCUGAAUUACUCCAGUAAACAGUCUGUUUGAGCAGAGUUAUAGGUAGGCUAAUGUUGGGAGGUGGGGCAGAGAUUUUGGAGCGUGGUGUGUGACUUACUUACCUUUGUCCUGAACUUUUCCCUUAACAUUUUCCUUGUCCUUUCCCUUAACUUCUGAAUCAGCAGCUAACUUGAAUACUGUCUCUUUUAUCCAGAAUGAGAACCUGACUUAAGCUGGUGUGCUUGAGCUGCAGCAAGAGAGGAGGAGAGGCAGAGAUUGCAUAGAUGUGUGCUUUAUAGAUUAUAAAAAUGGUGUAGAGUUAUACCUAUGCCAUCUUGAGGUAUGGAGAGAUCAUUUUUUUUUAUAGAAAACGUCCUUGUCUAUAACUUUGAGAUGAGUUUUUUGGGGGUUUCCUAAGCUUGCUCCUCAUUUUCCCCCCUCUAUAAAUAAUAUCUUUCUCCUUAUUAAGCUUUAUGUUCUCACAUCCUUCUUUCUCUUCUCAUCUUGAACUGGUAAGCCCCAUAUAUAAUCUUUCAGCACAUCACUGUGUAUCAGAAUACUGUGUGUCAGUUGUGUCUGUGUAUCUCUUCGUGAAACUAGUUUAACCCUCGUGUCGUCCUGCGGGUCAAAAUUUACCCGUUUUAAAGUUUGAAAAUGU